CAUAGUUAUAUCGCGCUUUCAUUGUAGUCAAGUUGAAUGAUUUGAGGUGUGGGCUGAAAGUUUUGUUGCUGUUAAAUUUUAUUUAUCAAAUAAUUUGGAACGCAUAUUUAUCAAAUCACAUACAUUAAGCUGACAAGAGAUAAAAAGUGAAGAUAUGUGAAUUAAAUAAGAGGCUGUGAAAAGAGAGCAGUGAAGUGAAAUGAAAACUAUUGCGUGCCGCAGUAAAAUACCAAUUGGCGAUAAAAAAUUGCAGAAAGUAUUCGUUCCACAUUAAAGUAAACGCUACACCAAAUCACUAAAAAUAUUUCCCCAUAAAAGCCUUAUACUUUGCAACUCCUGAAAUGGAACUGGAAUCGAGUAUAGCUAUACUGCAGGAUUUGCGUUUGCAGACAUUUGAUUCGAUACGUUUUGCUUCAUAUCGCACCGCCUCGAAAUUGCGUUAUAUACAAAAGUCGACAAAUCUUCAUCUGGUCGAUAUAUGGAAUGUGAUUGAAGCAUUCCGUGAGAAUGGUUUGAACACAUUGGAGCCACAAAGUGAAGUGAGCGUGGCCCGUUUAGAGACGCUCGUAUCAUCACUCUAUCAUAACCUCAAUAAACGUCUUCCAACGGCACAGCAAGUGCCCGUUGAUUCGAAGGCUGGCCUCUUGCUCAACUGGCUAUUAGCAGCGUAUACAAGCGAUAAUUCUGGCAAAAUUCGUGUAUUCUCAAUCAAGGUAGCUUUGGCGACUAUGUGCUCUGGAAAAUUAGUGGAUAAAUUGAGAUAUAUUUUUUCGCAAAUCUCUGAUGGCGCUGGCCAAUUGGUACAUUGGAAAUUGGGUGAAUUUCUACGUGAAGUAUUGGCUUUGCCAGCGGCUGUUUAUGAAUCUCCCACAUUCCACUAUAAGGACGGCUUAGAGGAGGAAAUAUUUCCAGCUGAGAAUAAGGUCACAGUGAAUGAUUUCAUGGCAACACUUAUGUCUGAACCGGGCCCAUCGUGCCUUGUUUGGUUACCGCUAUUGCAUCGUUUGGCCACUGUUGAGACAAUUGUACAUCCGACCAUCUGUUCGGUAUGUCAUAAGGAGAAUUUUACGGGAUUUCGUUAUCGUUGUCAGCGGUGCCACGCCUACCAAUUAUGUCAAGAGUGUUUUUGGCACGGCAAGACAUCACUGAAUCAUCAGAAUGAUCACGAAGUCAAAGAGUAUUCGAGUUAUAAAUCGCCCAGUAAACAGAUCGGCCAUUCGUUGCGCAAAAGCUUCCGAUGUGUGCCCGAGAAGACGACACAAGUGUUGCCACGAUUCCCCGAACAUCCCGAAAAGACUUUGAAUCUCUCGCAUAUUGUACCGCCAUCACCAUUACCAUCACAUAACGGUUUCACCGAUCCGCCACUACUGCAUGGCGGUGUGCCCGGUGGCGCACAUAGUGGUGGCCUGUUGUAUGAUCGCUCCAGUACGCUGGAUUCACGUGCUACUGGACGCAGUCUCGACAGUGCCACCGGUGCUAGCAUGUCACGCAUGGCCACCGCUUCGGCCAAUGAUGAGGAGCAUCGUUUGAUUGCACGCUAUGCCGCACGUCUUGCCCAAGAAAAUCGUGCUCCGGUCAAUGCUGGUAAUGUGGAUAAUGCUAGUAGUAUCGGCUCGGAUAACUCGCGUGCGCAACGCGAACUCAUCGCUCAAUUGGAAUCCAAAAAUAAGGAGAUAAUGCGAGAAAUCGCCAGACUACGUCGUCAACAAGAAGUUGAACAAAUCACACCAGAAAAUCCGGCGCUUAUAAAUGAGCUGCGCGCAUUGCGUCAACGCAAGGGCGAACUGGAAGGUCAUUUGGGCGCCUUGCAAGACUCCCGACGUCAACUCAUGGAACAAUUGGAGGGACUUAUGCGUAUGCUGAAGAAUCAGCAAACGACCUCACCGCGCUCCACACCCAAUUCCAGUCCACGUUCGGGCAAAUCACCACCCAUGCCCGGUGGCGGCGGCGGCGGCAUAGGUGCUGUAAAUGCAAUUGGCGGUGGCGGUGCUAAUUCACUUAAUAUUGCUGCAAUGCAUGCGCAACAAGGCCAACAGCAAGCAACAGCACAUUCUUUAAUUGGCAUGGCAGGCGGCGGCGUGGGCGGCCGUCCAACGCAGCAGCAAUUAUUGCAGGCACAGCAGACUGGUGCGUUACAAGGUACACAACAACAGCAACAACAGUCAUUUAACACAAGCCAACUGGAGCAAUUGAAUCAAAUAAGCAAUGAAGUGCGUUCAGCAUUCACUGGCAAUGCGAGCUCAACCUACAUGCUUAAUCCCAUGGCUGAGAUAAAUGACGCUGCUGAUAAUAUAACAUCGGCACUUUCGAAUUUGGUAAACGAUUUGAAUGCAGGACCAACUGCGAACCCUGCGCAACCUCGCUUUAUUAUGCCGCUUGAUAUGCGUCCCGUUGUGGGUGGUGAAUCAACACCAAUCGAUGAAGUCAUGACUGGCGCAUCACAAAUGGCGCCUUAUGAUAACGAAGAUGUUGAUGCGGAGGAGCGUCGUCUCUUCGAGAAUGUCUUUCAAACCAAUGAAGAGUACAAAUGGUUGGAUGAGUGUGAACGUCGUACACGUAAUCAACGUAUUAUGUGUUACAAACAUUAUCCUGACAUUUUAAUUGACGAUGAGCAAGCCGGUUUUCCGGCGCUACACGAAAUCGGCGAGACAAUCGAUGAAAUGCAACUGAUUAUGCAUGCCUUGAUUAUGAAGUAUAGUAUGAGCUUGUGAUGAAGUUUUCAUUUGCCACUGCUAAGAAGUGUUUGUUACUAAAGACUUUGAUGAAUCGCAGUCUUAUAGCAAUGAAUGGAACGUUAAGACAAAUGCGAGUAAUCACUGGCAGGAACAGUUUGCCCAAUGGCGUUUACAAUUUCAAAAUGACUAAAAGCCAACAACAAAGUUAAACCAAUAAAAAUAAUAUUAAUGGCAGCAGCGGCGAUUACGUUUACAUUUUUUACUAGGAUUUAUUUAAAAAACAACAACAAUAAGUCUUUACAACUACUUACUUACAAAGGAGGAAAAGUUAAAUAAAAAAUUUAAAUAAAUAUGAAAUAAUAAAAAACUAUAAAAUGCCGGAAUAAAAUUAUAUAUAUAUAAAUGCUAUAUUAAAUAUAUUACGUGAGGGAACUAUUUAUUUACUUUAAUUUAAUUUAAAAAAAUGCAAAUGAAACUUGAAUUUAAUUUUAGUAUGCUUUUUUGAGUGUAUAUUUAACUUUGUUUUUGAUAAACGAAUACUUAACUUAUUUGCAAGUGGUAACAACAUGUACUUACUUAUAACUUAAUUCUAAUCAUUGAGGAGUAAAAAAAAAACAGAAAAAAACUAAAUACAUGUAUUAAAUUAAGACAAUGCUAAAAAUAAAGACUCAUAAAUAAAUAAAUACAACAACUGCAUAUGUGUAUGAUGAAACUAUAGUAAAAAAAGAAAACGAAGAGAAAAACUAAACAAAUUGAUAUUCUAAAUUUAAAAGCUUGUAUUUAUUUUAAUUAAGCAAAUUUUCAAUGAGUAGUAGAAUGUGGCAGAGUUGCAUGAAAACGUUUUGAGAGACUAUAGCAAUAUAGAUUUGCCUGAAAAUAUAUUUGUUUCAUUAUUGUUGGUGGUUAUUAUUAUAUUUAUAUUGGAAAUUAUGUUAUUAUGCGAGCACCAAGUGUUUGUUAGAAAAAAGUUUUGACUAGAUUUAUUUUUUUGUUUAUAUUUUGCAUAAAAUGAAAAAUAUAUUUAAAUAUAUGUAUAUUAACACCAGUGGACUUCAAAUUAAAUAUAAUUAUAAACUCUUGAAAUAAUUAACAGUAUUUAUUCCAAGUGCAUCUAAAAUUUUUGCUAAAAAUAUAAAAUAAAAUGGUAAAUUUAGCGCGCCUAAAAGUGUGCUUUUAAAUUAUAGAUUUUUGUGUGUUUGACUACCGGUAGUAUCUAUACAGUGUGUUAAAAAGCAAAAAUAUUUGCUUAUUUUUCUAUUAAUUUUUUUUUUGUUUUAAAAAUACAGUUGAUCUCCUUUUUACACGGUGUUUUUGGCCACUCCCAGUUACUAUUUUUACAUGGUUUUACUUUUUUUACACGGAUUUUUUAUUUUAAUUGUAUAUUUUUUUGCAAUAAAAUAAAAAUUCCAUACGUCAAUACGUCACAAAUCCAAUUCUGUUAAUAGAAAUUAAUAAAUUUUAAAUUAGAUUUAAACUUAAAAUUUCAAAUUAUAGAUUCGAAAGCCAGUGAAAAGGUUGCAACAAUUUCAAUACGUAAACAAAUAAAUGAAGCUAUAUGAGGAAGUAAGAAAAAAGAAGACACAGCGAUUAAUGAUGGAACUUUGAAAUGUAUUAUUUUUUACCAUUCCCAGAAUAGUUGUUGUUUAUUCCUUCUAACAGUAAUAUGUACUUAUAUAUAAUAAUAUAUAAUACCAGAAAAGUCUAUAACAACAACAACAGUGUAAAUUCUUUGUACGAAUAGAUAGAUUUUCAUGUAAAAUUAGAUAUUUUUACACUUUUUUUUAUUUUUUGUACGAUUUUUUUCUUAAAUUGGUCCCAAUAGUGAGUUUUAUAUAAAAAUUUGAUUUUUUUUGCACGGUUUUUUUUUUGCACGUGUAAUUUACCUUCCCAGUUAAUCGUGCAAAAAGGAGAUCAACUGUAUAUAUUUUUGUAUAGCAACUCGUGGCUUCAGACUGGAGUAUAAAUAAUUCAGAGAAUCGAUAAGGCACUUUUUACUUAAUAAUUAUCGAUAGAAACUACUAUACAAUGUAGUUUAUUUUGUAAUUUAUACUGAGCACGGUUUCUAAGAAAUUUAAAAAAAAUUAAAAAUUUUGACGGAAAGAUCGAAUUUGUCAUUAACUGAUAGUGGAAAAUCUAAAAUGUGUAUAAAUUUUAAAAUUUUUCUAUAAAUAUUUUCGACAUAACCUCAAAUUGUUUUUUAUUUAUUAUAUUUCUAAAAUCAGAUUUUGAGAAAUUUUAUGGUGGUGGAAAUUGUAGAUUUUCGAGUAAGAAAUUAUACAUUUACGAAUUGAAUACAUUGCAUUUUUGUUGUAAUUAUUUUAUAGCAGCGUUAGUUCAAAUAUAUUUUUAUGCGAUGUAUGAAUUAUUUUAUACAAUGAUAUGGCCUAAAAUGCCUUUAAAAUAAUUUUUUACAAAUAUUUUGAUAAAUUUUUGAUAAGUAAAAUCAAGAAGUUAUUAUUCAUAUAAUUUUUUUAUAUAUAAUUGUUUAUUUACAAUUUUUAAUUCAUAUUUUUUUAUUAAAUUUUUAAUACCAUUCUUGCCGAAGUAUUUUAAAAGUAGAAUUUAUUUGAGAAAACUUAUGUAAAUAUAAAUUUAUUAUUAACUGAGACUGCUUAUAAAUGCAAUAGCCACCAACACGUUUCAGGCAAAUCUUAUUUAAGCAUACAAUACGCCUGCGCAGGUCGUUGAUAUACACACACACAUACAUAUAUACAAACACAUACAAAUGUAUUAUUAUUGUAGCUGCCGAAGUUUGUAGUCUACACGACGAGUCCAAGAAUAAUAUAAUAAAACUUAAAAAUUUGUACUUAAAUAUGAAACAAACAGGAAUAAAUAUUGACAUUUAUGGUGUGUAGUAUAUGCGGGUUCAAUAUUACAAUAUUUUACGGCUAAUGCUCGUUAAAAUAAAAAUCGUAAAUUAAACGAAGUUAAUAAAAUACACUAAAGUUGGAAUUUUUAAAGCGUUAUAACUAACAUACAUACAUACAUACAUGCAUACAACACAUAAACUUACAUGCAUACUUAUUAAAUUUGUGAGCAUACAAAAACAAAAACAAAUACAUACAUACAUACAAAUAACGUGCUUAUAUACUUAGACAUAUGUAUGUACAUACAGUAUACAGUAUAUAUAGCACAUAAUCCAGUUUUACAAAUUAAUAAAAAUAAAAUAAAUACUUAAAUGCAAGGGAUAAAUUAACAA